AUCUGAUGAUGAGAUAACGUUACAAAACUAAUGUAUGAGUGCAUACCUCAUAUCAAGUCCUAUUUCUAAAAUAACCUUAAUAUUUGGAAAUACUUUUAAACACCUUUAAAAAAGGAGUUCUUUUUUUUGUUAUUAAGGAAAUAAUAAUCUAAUAAAGGUAUUUUAGUGUUGUGAUAAAAAUGGUUUACGAAUUGCCUAGAGUGACAAAAUGUUGUUUUUGCUUACCAUCGAGAACCGGGUCGCUAAUAAUUGGAUAUUUAUCCAUUGUAUACUCACUGUUGUCUUUAGGUGUUUUGUCCUUUUCUCUCUACAAAGUGAUAACGUAUGUAAAGGUGCAUGAAAACGAACCUGACUCUGAACACACUCUCGAGGAGUACGAACAAGUAUCUUACAGCUUAUAUAUAACCCAUGCUUACAUAAUAAUAGUGUAUUUAUACUAUAUGAUUAUUAGCGUGAUGCUUAUCGUUGGUAUACACAUGAAUAAAGCAAUAUGCAUCAGGUAUUACUUUAAUAGCGGCUUGUUUUUACUUAUGCUCGGUCUGGCGACUGUGGUUGUGUCCACAAUAUUCAUACACUUCAUCGCCACUAUUUUUCUCUUAACAUGGUGUAUUAUAAUUUUCUACUGCCUUAUAGUGGUACGAAGCACAUAUUUGGAAAUAGAAGAAAAAUCUAGACCAAGGGAUUUCCAAAUGGAAAAUCUUUAUAUACCUCAUAGAGCUCCACUUUUACUAUAAAAUUUUAAUUUAUUUUUAUACUUAAUACUUAGUUUUGUAAUAACAUAUUAUACAAUAAUA